AUGGUUACAGAAUCAGAACUUCAAAUGCAAGGAACUCAACCGGGACUUCAGGGAUCAUUACAAAAUUUCAACGCUCCGACAGGAAUAACGCAAAAUUGCGCCAUAUGCGGCGACAGAGCAACCGGAAAACAUUAUGGAGCUGCUUCUUGUGACGGUUGUAAAGGAUUUUUCCGGAGAUCCGUUCGGAAAAAUCAUCAAUACACGUGUAGAUUUAGUAGAAAUUGCGUCGUUGAUAAGGAUAAAAGAAAUCAAUGUAGAUAUUGUCGUCUUAGAAAAUGUUUUAAAGCGGGAAUGAAAAAAGAAGCAGUACAAAAUGAACGUGAUAGAAUAAGUUGCAGACGUCCAAGUUACGAUGAAACAAAUCAAAAUAAUGGUUUAUCCGUUACUUCACUUCUUAAUGCCGAAAUGUUAUCAAGACAACAAAAUGGAUCUCCAGUAAACGAUUAUGAUUUAUCAAAUAAACAAAUCGCACAUAUAAAUGAUAUAUGUGAAUCGAUGAGGCAGCAAUUACUCAUUCUCGUCGAAUGGGCCAAAUAUAUUCCAGCAUUUACCGAAUUGCAUUUAGAUGAUCAGGUUGCAUUACUUCGAGCUCAUGCUGGAGAACAUUUACUACUCGGUUUGGCACGUCGAUCCCUUCAUUUAAAAGAUAUUCUUCUUUUAGGAAACAAUUGUAUAAUAACGAGAUAUUGUUCAGAAAAUGCUAGAUCUCCUGAUGUUGAUAUCAGUAGAGUCGGUAUCAGAGUCAUGGAUGAAUUAGUUAAACCUCUAACCGAAGUACAGAUCGACGACACGGAAUUUGCAUGCCUUAAAGCUAUCGUUUUUUUCGAUCCGAAUGCCAAAGGACUUAGCGACACAACACGUAUAAAACAUUUGAGAUAUCAAAUACAAAUAAAUCUAGAAGAUUACAUAAGCGAUCGUCAAUAUGAUACAAGAGGAAGAUUUGGAGAAAUUUUACUCAUAUUGCCAGCUCUUCAAUCUAUAACUUGGCAAAUGAUAGAACAAAUACAAUUUGCUAAAUUGUUUGGUGUUGCCAGAAUUGAUAAUUUAUUGCAAGAAAUGCUCCUCGGAGGUAAACAUCUUUCGAACUAA